AUGGACUUCAAGCACAUGCAUUCUGUGAAACUGAAUGAUGGACAUUUCAUGCCAGUCAUUGGAUUUGGCACUUAUGCUCCUGAAGAAGUUCCUAAGAGCAAGGCUAAAGAGGCUACCAAAGUGGCUAUUGAUGUAGGGUACCGUCACAUCGACUCAGCUUAUUUCUAUCAAAAUGAAAAGGAGGUUGGAGAAGCCAUUCGAGAGAAGAUUGCUGACGGUACUGUGAAGAGAGAAGACAUAUUCUACACCACCAAGCUUUGGACUACUUUUCUUCGACCAGAAAUGGUUAGACCAGCCUUGGAAAGAUCACUGAAGAAUCUUCAACUGGACUAUGUAGAUCUCUUCCUUAUUCAUUUUCCAGUUGGUAUGAAGGCUGGGGAGGAUCUUCUACCAAAGGAUGCCAAUGGGAAAAUUAUUUUAGAAAUAGUGGACAUCUGUGACACUUGGAAUGCUUUAGAGAAGUGUAAAGAUGCAGGUUUAACCAAAUCCAUUGGUGUAUCCAAUUUUAAUCAUAAACAACUGGAGAUGAUCCUGAACAAGCCAGGACUCAAAUACAAGCCUGUCUGCAACCAGGUGGAAUGUCACCCUUACUUAAAUCAGAGCAAACUGAUGGAGUUCUGCAAGUCCAAGGACAUUGUCAUCGUUGCCUACAGUGCCCUGGUAUCCCAUAGGGAUGUGAACUGGAUUGACAAAGAUAGCCCAUAUCUCUUGGAGGAACCAAUCUUGAAAGCCAUUGCCAAAAAACACAGUCGAACCCCAGGCCAGGUUGCCUUGCGCUACCAUCUGCAGCGGGGUUUGGUGGUUUUGGCCAAGAGUUUCAAUGAGAAGAGGAUUAAAGAGAACUUCCAGGUUUUUGACUUUCAAUUGUCUCCUGAUGACAUGAAAGCAAUUGAUGGCCUCAACAGAAAUUUUCGAUAUGUUAAAAUAGAAUUUGCUAUUGAUCACCCUUACUAUCCAUAUUCUGAAGAAUACUGA